CGCACAGGUGAGGCAGGAGCCCCGCCCACCGCCGGGUUCCAGUCCGACCUGUAUUUAAGAGCAGCUGUUGAAGUUGUCAAAACUCCGUCACUUCUCUCAAAGUGACCACUCCUUGUUUUGGACUCAGAGCAAACAACAGCAAGCAAGCAAGCAAGCAGCAGUCAUGCCGAGGCGAUCAGCGCAGGAGUGGGUCCGGUUGUCCCUGCGCACACCGGGCAUCCUGAUCUUCGGGAUGGUCCUGGUUCCCUGCGGCUGGGUGCUGAACCUCACCGCCACCGUGGCCCCCAACUGGAGGACCCUCAACGACCUCCCCAACGCCCCGCCCACCGAGUACAUCGAGCAGGGCAUCUGGGACAUCUGCAGGACCACCCCGUCCACCGCGAGGCCGGUGUGCAACCUGCAGGACACCACGUACUUCGGAAACCAGAUCAUCGAGGUGGCGCAGGGGCUGAUGAUCGCCUCCCUGGUCGUGACCCUGAUCGGCCUGGCCGUGGCCAUCCCGGGGGUCCGCUGCUGGAAAGCCGAACCCAACUGGACGGUGGCCGGCCUGGGUGGACUGCUCUUCUUCCUCGCGGGCGUCAUGACCAUCAUCCCCAUCGCCUGGUACACCCACAUCCUCAAGGAAGUCGCCACGGUGUCCCCGACCAUCGACGUGCGCGUCGGCUACUGCAUCAUCCUGGGCUACAUCGGCGGGAUAUUCGAAAUUCUGGGCGGCUUAGUCAUGUUCAUCGGCAUCUGUCGCUGCUGCGGCGGAAAGAACCGAGGCGAGAGGCGGGUCGAGGACGUCAUGGGCCCGCAGUUCCGCCAGAAGCCGCCGCCGAGACCCGUCAUCGUGCCGAGCCUGAACCGUCCCGGCCGGAGCAGCGCCAGCAGCAGCGUGCCUUACUCCAGGGACUCCAUGGACGAUGAUGUGUCCUUCCCCCGGGCCAAGAGCCCCGCACCCCGGGUAGAGAACAGCUCGUACGGCGGCAGACCCUAUGAGGCUGACUUGUGAGGAGCACAUCUGGACUCACACAUCUGGGCUCACACAUCUGGGCUCACAAAGAGGGUAAAACAACCUGAGGAGGGACACGAGAGAAGGAGCUGAGAGUGGACAUUAUUCCAGGAAGAAGUCAUGGAAUAAUGACUUUACAAUCACCAUCUAUAUUAUAAAUAGCCUAUUAAUAUUCAGGGGUAUCACUUUUAAGUCACCAUCGUGGUCUGGUGUGAAACCAUAGGCGAUGAAUAUUUUUAUCCAGAGAUCAAACACCUUAAAUAUAGUUCACAUAGAUGUAAACUCACUAUUACACGAACGAAGGAGAAUGAAUUAAAACAGACCCCAGAGUAUUAAAGUGUUUGAAGGCAUUUGUGUAUUAUAAGAAUAAUGUUUUUAAUGUUUAAUAAGGGGUCAAGGCUACAGAUUAGAGUCAUUAUAAGCGUUUACAUCAUUACACUCGUGUGCCUCUAGCUGUGCUGUAGAAUGAUGUAGUAGAGGAUCGUAAGAAUAUUACAGCGGAAAGAGAUUAAGUCUGGAAAGUGGAGGAUUCUCUACGAUUAACUUCUGUUAGUGAAUCGCGAAGGGAAGAUCUGAUUUGCCUCGUCUGUCUUUUUACAUUCUGCAAAUGAUGCUGAACUCCAUUUGUAAAUAUUUCUCUGAGGAAAAAAAUGUUUUUCUCCCUGUGUUCACUGCCUAAUGCAACUUCUUUUUUUAAUGUAAAUACUGUGUUCUUAAUGCACUUUACUACUAUGGCCGAGCUCAUAGAAGGAUGGGCCACCUGUUGAGAAGCAUCCUGAGCUGAUCAAUAUUGUCCCACCGUGCGUGGCUCUGUGACACAAGUGCAGUUUAUUAAACGCUCACUGUGAAUAAGA